AUGUCAAUCCCUAACCAUGCAAACAUUUUCACAUGCACAUUCUGCUUCCAUGUUUCCCAAGGUCCUCCUCAGAUCAUCGGACGCUCCGCACGCCUCGCUUGCACCGCCUGCCACGCCGCGCUUCUCAAACUCGCCAUCUGCUGGGUUUGCGGCGAACUUGUCUUUCGAGGCGACGAAUGCGUCAGCUUUGGUUGGUGUUUCUGGCAUCGGGCGUGCUACGGAUGCUUGCUAUAUGGAAGCAGAGCUAUCUACCAGGGUGUCAGUGUACAAGAACUCUUCCGGGACGAGGAAGACAGCGAAAAAGAUGGAUGUGGAGGGAAAGAAGUGGACAAAGUACCGCUCUGCGCGGCUUACGUGGUCGAACUCGAACUCGAUGGGGUGAAAGAGGAGACCGCGGUGAUCAAGAGAGGCCUAAGGCGAGUUGAGAAACUGGAUGGCGGACUGACGAGGAAGAGAUGGGAGGCCAACAACAAUGAGACGAGCUCAAAGGUAAGGACGAAUUGCCAUUGA